AAAUGAGCAACUUUCUAUCAGAAAAGCCCUUUUAACUUCAACCUUAAAUUGGAAUGCCCUUAAAUUCUCCUACUAAUAAGAAAUAGAAACAAAAACGAAUAGAGUAACUACAGGAAAAGAGAAUAAUGAGUUUCUUGAGGUGUCUCUUAGGUGGUUUUCUUCUUGCAAUUGUGCUUUCUGUAUCUAAUGGAGACCCCUUGGUUCCAGCAUUGUGCAUCUUUGGUGACUCUGUAGUUGAUGUUGGAAAUAAUAACAACUUAAGCACUCUCAUCAAGGCAAAUUUUCCACCUUAUGGAAGAGAUUUCGUUACCCACAGACCCACCGGAAGGUUCUGCAACGGAAAACUGGCCACAGACUUCACUGCUGAAUAUCUUGGGUUCACUUCAUACCCACCGGCUUACCUGAGCCGAGAAGCUAGAGGGCAAAGAAUUCUCACUGGUGUCAACUUUGCCUCUGCUGCUUCUGGUUAUUAUAAUGUGACUGCUCGACUCUUUUGUGCUCUAACGCUGCCACAUCAACUAAAAUAUUACAGGUUGUGGCAAAGAAAAAUAGUGAAUCUGGUAGGGAGGACCCAGGCUACUAACAUUUUCUCAGGAGGAAUACAUCUUAUAAAUGCAGGAAGCAGUGAUUUCAUUCAAAACUAUUAUAUAAAUCCACUACUGAACAGACACUACUCACCUGAUGAAUUCUCAGAUAUCCUCAUGCAGUCUUACUCUUCAUUUGUUCAGGAUAAGGGUGGAUGUGGCUAUUUUAAAUGGAUUGAUCCAUCUCUAGAGGUUGAGCUUUUGAAGGAGAAGCUUAAAGAGGUUGAAGAAGAGAGGGAUACAUUGAAAUAUAAAAUGAAGGAACUUGGAGGCAAGUAUGAUUCAUUGAAACAAAAAUUGAAGGAAAUUAAGGAAGAGAGGGACUGUGCAAAAGCCAAAUUCAAAAGGCUUGUCGUUGUUAUUCUAUGUUUUUUACUUGCAAAAAUUAUCUUUGAGUAGUCUAAUUGUUUCCUAGUUACUGUUUGUAAUGUUCCUAUAAAAAUUUUCUUCUAUGUUUGUAGUAAUGUUUUGGUUAUUAGAUUUUGUGAAUUACUUGGCUUGUGUUUGGCGUUGUGAAUUUGUCGCAAAUAUGACAUGAAUAUAAAUCAGCAAAGAAACAUA